AUCACAACGACAUUUUGUACCCGGAAUUCCGAAGAGGUGGCAACUUAACCCCGCCAUCAAUCGGAAUUUCAACCAUUCUCAACACGAUGGCCCCGACACGGACACAGAGGCCUACUCCGUCGCGCAAAAAGUCGUGUCUGCCGUGUGCAAGGUCCAAGGUCCGUUGCGACCUUGAACGUCCGUCGUGCGCGCGAUGCGUUGCAUCGAAUCGCCCCUGCCGAUACGCAACGGCCGAUGGUCCUUCAUCACCGGCCGCGCCUCGACAUGUCGUCGCGCCGACGAGCAACGCAACAUCCGCAUCUCUGUCGCCGAUCUUUACGGGUCCGGCAGAAGCAGACUAUGUGGAACCGUGUGUGACACGUCAAACUCCGGCCCCGACGCAGGACGUAACACCCCAGACUUGCCAUCUGAUCUCGUUGAACUUCUCACACCUGGACCUUGUACCGCUUGCUGAUGCAGAUCAAGUUCGCGACCGGUGGUUGCGGCCAUUUCUCGAUGUCGGGGAUCGAGUGCCCAAAGCGUUUCACCCAUACACGCUGCAGUACAUGAGCUGCGUACUGCGAACGUACCCCAAGCAGAUGGCCGGAGACGACGUCCCCCCAAUGAUUCAUCCCAUGCAACUGUCGGACGGCACCCCGACAGCCCUAGCAAACUGCUACAGCUUGGUCCGCUUGUGGCAUCAUCGCGCAGAUGGAAGCGAGGGUAUCGUCGCGGAGACGGUUGGGCGGGAGAUGGACAGGCUGGCGCAGCAUGACCCGAAUGCCGGAAACGUUGAUACUUUGAUCGCUUUCCAGGCAUACCUCGCCUACUCCAUCAUGGCGUACUUCUCUCCCAUCUCAAGGGGCCUCGUCUUGCACUCCGAACUAAACGGCACCCGCCCCUCAUGGGAGUCGUGGAUCGUCGCUUCGGUCAAGCGGAGGGCCAUGUUUACGUUUUACCUCCUCAGCAGCGUGUACAAUGCCGAUAGCAACUUUCCCAACUUCCUCGCAGAGGAACUACAGGAAGUGUACGCGCCUGAUUCGAAGCGAGUCUGGGAGGCAAGGAGUAGGCAGGAAUGGGAGCCUGUGGCGAUCGCCGGAUACGGAUCAACCGGCCGUCGACAGAGGAUCGACCGGUGGGUGCAAGGUGCCGACGAGUUUGGCAUGAUGCUGUUUGCAGUCUGCGUGCACCUUCACGGAUAUUGA